AUGCAUCUACCAUUGGCAAACUGGGAUGUCAACGGUGAAUUUGAACUAGAUUAUGACUAUUUGCUGAUUUCUCUUGGAGCUAGGCCAAAAACAUUCAAUACUCCUGGUGUCUCUGAGCACUGUCACUUUCUGAAGGUAUAUUGUUUUAUAAAUGUUUGGAAAGAAAUUAAAGAUGCUCAGAGAAUCCGUAGAAGUGUGAUGAAUUGCUUUGAGAGAGCAAGCCUGCCAAACCUUAGUGAAGAAGAGAGGAAGAAGAGUCUUCAUUUUGUGGUAAUUAGUGGUGGUCCAACUGGUGUUGAAUUUUUUGCAAAGCUUCAUGACUUUGUACAAGAAGAUUUGUCUAAGUUGUACCAUAAUGCUCUAGAAUUGGUAAAGAUAUCAUUGAUUGAAGCAGGAGAACAUAUCUUGACUAUGUUUGACAAGAAGAUCACUCAAUUUACUGAAGAAAAGUUCCAGUGGGAUGGCAUCGAUGUAAAAACAAACAUCAAAGUUGUAAAAGUGCAUGGUGAUUCUAUUACAAUGACAAACUCAUCUACGGGAGAAGUUAAUAUACCAUAUGGAAUGGCUAUUUGGUCUACUGGCUUUGGUACACGUCUCAUAAUUUUGGGUUUUAUGAAGCAAAUUGAUCAGGGUAACAUGCGUGUCUUGGAAACUGUCGAAUGGCUUAGAGUCCUUGGGUGUGAGAAUAUAUACGCUCUUGGAGAUUUUUCCAUAAUAUCUCAACAAAAAGUUAUGGCAUAA